AUGCCCAAACGCCUCCUAUGCGUGCGUUUACACGCUCUCCUUCUAAUAGCCUGCUGCUGCCUUUUCCGCACCAGCUCUGCCCAGUUCACACGGCCAGACUUUACGGGCCGAAAGCACGCGUCCAUCGCCGCUAUCGACGACUUCCUUUACAUCCACGGCGGCGAGCCCUCCAACAAGGAUGAUAACAAAUACUACGACACCCUGGUCAUCCAUCUCAAGGACAAAUGGCCGGCAAACAGCCCGACCAUCGCGCCCAUGAACUGGGCCACCUCGGCCGUCCAGAUGCUCGGCCACCGCGUCUGGGGCUUCCAGCUGUGGAAGAUGCCCGGCACCAAGUCGCUUCUUAGCUGGGGAGGGUUUCGUACCACAAACACGACCGUGGGGAGGUCUGACGACUACCCCGGCGACGCUCCCCUGAGCCGCGACCUCUUCGUCCUGGCCACCGACAGCCGCGGCGUCGCCAACUGGUCCCCCGAAAAGGCAGCCGCCGACCCCGCCGGCCGCACCCUGACCCAGGCCGGCAAAGCCAACGAAUGGGGGCCGGGGAUGGGCUACUCCGUCUCGUGCGCCGGGUACGGCAUCUACCUCGGCGGCGUCGCGGCCCAGCCGACGUCGGUCAACGGCACGCCGCCGCCGUUCGGGGGGACGUGGUCCGCGGGAAGCCAGCUCCAGGGCGGCCUGGUGACGUACGAGAUCGCGACCAAGAAGUGGACCAACGCAACGGUGCCGCCCGACACGUUCCCUGCCGGCGGCGUCGCGGGCGGCAGCGCCGUGUGUGUCCCGCAGCUCGGCGAGCGCGGCCUGGUGCUCUUCCUGGGCGGCCACGCGAACCGGCCCGGCAGCGACCUCGGCGCGGGCGGCGGCGGCGUCGGGUCGGCGCUCAGUCUCGGCCGGCUGGUCUUCUACGACCCCGUCAAGAAAGAAUGGCUCUCGCAGGCGGCCACGGGGGAUGUGCCGCCGGAGCGCCGGCACUUUUGCGCCGUCGGCGUCCGGAGCGCGCCGCACGGCCGCAACUCGACCGAGGUCUACGUCUUUGGCGGCGACGUCGCCGGCUCCUCGCCGGGCCCGGCCGGCGACCUGUACGUUCUGUCGCUCCCGGCCAUGAACUGGUGGCGCGUCCUGCACGGGCAGGCCGGGCUGUCGGGCCACGCGUGCGAGGUGGUCGGGAGGCGGCAGGUGGUCGUGCUCGGCGGCCAGGGGCGCAACGGCACCGCCGCCGCCGCCGCCGCCGCCCCGAGCGCUAAUAUGGGGAUUCGAAUCUUCGACAUGGGCACGCAGAAUUUUGUGCAGGACUAUUCUCCCGCGGGCGAUCCGUACGAGUCGCCCAGCUACAUCAAGACAUGGUACAGCGACGGGUACGGCAGUUACAGCUCUCAAAAUUCCGACGGCGUCUCGCCACAUGGAAGUCGCCUCUUUGCUAACGAGCUGCCGAACAGAAAUCUGGACCGCGUGAACUGGAACAACGACCGCGUCAAAGCGACAAUGCUUCAAACUCCAGACAGCAGUAACAACAGCGACCCCGCCAAAGACACCGCCAAAGACACCACGAAGGAGCCAGGAAACAACACGGCGGCCAUCGUUGGCGGCGCCGUCGGCGGCGCAGUCGCCCUCCUCGUCACCGGCGUCGCAGCCUGGCUCCUAGCUCACCGCCGCCGCCGCAACCGCAGCCGAUACAACGCCGUCGACACCGCCGCGGCACCGUCCACCACCACCAACGACGACAAGGACGGCCGCGGCGGCCGCGACGACGGCCCCGCCGCCGCCUUCCCGUACAAGCCCGAGCUCGACUCGUCGCCGGCCGCGGCCCGGUCCGAGCUCGCGUCGACGCACGGGCGCACCCCCGAGCUGCAGGGGAGCCUGGCCAGGGCCGAGCUUCCGGGGAACUGAGUUUUGACGAACGAGGACAUGAUAACCAUAUAGACUGGAGUUUCUGGCUUGGGGUUUGCAUACGGUUAUACCCAACAGGCGUUAAAAAUGGCUAAACAGUGCAUAUAUAGAUAUAUAUAGAAUAUGGGAUGUACCAAACUUUGCGUCUAGACAAAGCCUCUGAGGUUGCUGGCAUAGAAGACGAUCCCAUUUAGGUUGCGAAAAUCUGCCCGCGCAGAGGUAACACUUCUCGCAGUCCAAAAGCUCUCGGUUGUCAGUAACGCAAUAGCGUAUGUCAUUCUUGAUCAC